AUGGAAGAACACCAUAAGAGCCUUCAUAAAACUAUAUAGACAUACUCUAGCUGUAUUUAGACUGAAAAUAUUGUUACAUAUUUUCUCUUCUUUAGGGAUCUUUCUAUGAACAAAUACUGUUUAAUAAGUCACUAUUAGUAUCAUUUAAAAAUUAUUUCCAGAGUCUAAUAUCGAAAUCGCUUGUGCAAAUAUACAAAUCGUCGCAUGGAAAGGGUAGUACUAACUUUACAUAAGUUAUCCAUAAAAGGAGUGAAUAAAAUGAUUUAAACAAAAUUUCAAAUAAUAUAAAACAAAAGUAAGUCACUAAGACACCCAUUACAAUUUAAGCUAUUAAUAAAUAAGUAAAGCAACUUUAAGUAAUGUAGUAAAUUGAAAUUCCAGUAAAAAUAAAUGGGAUUAUUGAACAUAGCAACAAAAAAAUUAGUUAUACUUUAUUGCAGAAAGAAUUUUAUUAUUUUACUCUUUUUUUUAUUUCAGCAUUAUUGUGAUCAUCUAAAUUUUUCAAUAAAUUUAGAACUUUUAAGCACGAAUCUCUUUUUUUAGGUUCAAAUGCCAUCAUAUUAAAUGCUAAAAUUAAAAGAUUUUUGUAUUAAUGGUUGGUUAUUUUAGGAAAUUUUCUAUUUGAAAUUUCUAACAAAUCUUAAAAAGACAAGUCACAGAGAAGGCAGAAUACUGCACCAACUGAAUAGUAGUCAGAUUCUUUGCUGA